AUGAUUUUCCAGCCCCCAGAAGCCUCAAGCAAGGAGAAGGUGUGGAAGGAAGGAGAAAAAGGUCCAGAUGGAGCUUUCAAACAUGAUCCUAUGGAAGGCUCUGUUUCAGAUCCUCUGCUGGUAGAUGGAAGAUUUGAGGUGGCCAGGUAUGUCUUCUUACAGAAAGAUCACUGUAAGGUGACUAAGAAGGGUGCAGCUGCACCUGUAGUACAGGUGCUGGAGCUACAGGUGGCAUCAGGUGACCCUGAUAGCUCGAAAGGGGAGUUCAAGUACAGAGUCAUGACACAGGAGACAGGAGGAGCUAAAGAGUACAGGUACAUGCAGACAGCAGGUGAGGCUGUGCAGGUGUAUGGUAUCCUGUAUGACAGAUGCACCAAACACCCGCACAGCUACAGCAGGCUAGCACCUGAUGGGGACACACCCUGGACAGUCGGUUCACCGCAGCUGCAUCAGAUGUUACGUGAGGUUGAAGCCCGCCCCUCCAGUGUGUCCCCGCGUGUGUUAGGUCUGGUGGAUUCACUCUGGGAGGAGACACUGGGAAACCUGUCUCACAUACUCACUGGAGAUGUUCUUAACAUCAACCUGGACCAGAUUGAAAAAGCAGAGGCAAUACUUCUUCAGCUGAAGCAGGCUGUUGAAAGGAAGGCACCGAAUGACGAGCUACAGAAACUUUCUUCCGAGUUUUUCAGCGCGAUCCCUCACCGACCUGACCACAAGGACACCAUCAAGAACAAGAGGGAAAUAGCACGGAAACAGGACAUGUGUCAGCUGAUUCGAGACAUGGUAAGUGUAAGCGAGGCCACAGGCUGGACUUCCCAUCCGAGCGCGGUCGCUAGGUACCACGCCCUCCGAUGUAACAUCCAAUCACUGGCCAGGGACAGCGAAGACUACCGUACUCUGGAGUCCAUGAUUCACUCCAGCCAGGAAAAUGGUACUCCGCCAAUCAAAGUUGAGAGUGUUUUUCGAGUGUGCCGCUCCAUGGAGGAAACUGGGUUUACCUCUGCCAUUGGGAACAUCCAAACUAAGUUCCACUCCUCACAGGCACAGAACUUUGUUGGCAUUUUGUCAAGAGGUCUGAUGCUGCCCAAGGUCGUAGUUGAUGACUUUGGCGGAACCAGAACAGACGCAGGCAUGCUGGGACAUGGCAUCUACUUUUCUGAUGCAAGCACCAGUGCCAAGUACUCCUCCCCCAGUAAGACCAGAGGUAGGAGGUACAUGGUUGUGAGUGAGGUGGCCCUGGGGAAGUGUAAGGAUGUGUACCAACAGGACACCAGUCUCACACAACCUCCACAGGGGUACAACAGUGUGCAUGGAGUCAAGAACACAGAUGACAUUCCUUCUGAGUUUAAGGAUAAUGAAUAUGUCAUCUACAAUGUUCAGCAGCAGAAAAUGAGGUAUCUAGUGGAGUUUUCGUUACCAGGUGACCAGGUGACACCUGUGGAUGAAGCUGCAUACCUGCACCUGCUGACACCUGAAGUGGAGAUAGAGGAAGAUCAGGAUCUAAACAAGAUCUCCCUUGAGGAUGUCCAGAACAUUGCUGACCCCCUGGACAAGGUCAAGGGUGGGCUGAUCUCCAAAUCAGGGGAGGAGAUGCCUGUCCCACUCAAGUCUGUUCAUGUCAGGGCAAAACUCCUGGACUUAGCUGCACAGGUUAUCGUGUUGCAGUCCUACAAGAACGAAAACAAUGUUGCCAUCGAGGCCAAGUACGUUUUCCCGCUAGACGACAUGGCGGCCGUGGUCGGGUUCGAAGCCUUCAUCAACGGGAAGCACGUGGUCGGAGAGGUGAAGGAGAAAGAGGAGGCACAUCGCGAAUACCGACAAGCGAUCAGCGAGGGACAUGGCGCUUAUCUCAUGGACGAAGAAACUCCCGAUGUGUUUACAGUGAGUGUGGGGAACCUUCCACCCAGAGCCAGUGUACUGAUUAAGAUCACCUACGUCUCAGAGCUGGCUGUGGAAGGAGAAAACAUCUGCUUCAGACUCCCUGGCAGUGUGGCUCCCUGGCAGAAAGAUUCUCUGUCUGAGGAGAUUCAAAAAGAUGUGGAGACAGUCAAGGUGGGAAAGGAUGCUGGGAAGGAAUUCUCCCUCCAGGUUGCCAUGGAGAUGCCCUUUGACAUCAGGACCAUCCAAUCACCAUCUCAUAAAAUCAGAGUAAAGAGGACAGCAAGCAAGGCUGUUGUGGAGCUUGAGAAGAACUGCAUGCUGGGAGAUGGUUUCCUGUUGCAGGUUGGUCUGGCAGAGAUCCACGUACCCAGGAUGUGGGUGGAACGACACCCCGACAAGGACAGCCAGGCCUGUAUGCUGACCUUCUACCCAGAAUUCCAAGCAGAGGUCAUGCAGGGUCAUGAGGUCAUCCUCCUCUUGGAUGCGUCCAAUUCCAUGCGGGGGUCACCCCUGGAGGCAGCCAAGAAAGUUGCACUGCUCUGUCUCAGUCAUCUUCCUAAGGAGUGUAGCUUCAAUGUAGUUGCAUUUGGCACAGGAUAUGAGGAACUGUUUGCUGUUAGCCAACCCAGAAUCAAGUCUAAUGUUUCUAAGGCUGAAAACUUCAUCCAGGAUCUCAAAGCAUCAAAAGGAAAUACAGAUGCAUGGAGGCCUCUUCACGGCUUUUUCCUGCUUCCCCCCUCCCCUGGAAAAACACGGAAUGUGUUCCUGAUCUCUGACGGACAUGUGAACAACGCUGACCAGACUCUGAGUGACAUCCACGCACACUACCUGGAAACUAGGGUCUUCAGCUGUGGAGUCGGAUCUACUUCCAACAAACAUUUGCUGAGAGCCAUAGCCAGGGUUGGAGGGGGAGCCUUCGAGUAUUUUGAUGACAAAACCAAGUCUAAGUGGGAAAGGAAGGUGAAAUCUCAGCUGUGGAAAGCCGCCCAGCCUGGCCUAACGUCCGUGUCAGUUGAUUGGCAGCAGUGGGAUGAUGAUGCUCCGCCUCCCGUCCAGGCGCCCAAUCAGAUCGUCUCUCUCUUCAACGGCUCUCGUCAAGUGGUGUACGGUUACGUCCCUCACUGCACCCAGGCCACUCUGAAGGCUGUUAUUAACAACCGUGAGAUCAGCACCAUGGUGUCCACUUCUGAACUCAGCAUCACAGCUGGCAAGAUCCUGCACCAGCUAACGGCUCGAGCUGUGAUCAGGGACUGGGAAGAUGGAACACUGCAUGUAGACAGGACACACCACGAGACCAAGAAGAUGGGACUGAAACCUUACAUUAUCAGUCUCAGUAAAGAGUACUCCAUUGUCACACAGUUUACCAGCUUUGUGGCCGUGGAAAAGAGAGAACAGGGUGAAGAUCUAACAACUGGUGAUGGUCCCACCAUCAAAGAACUGGUGCAGAAGGAGAGUGUAGACAUCCUAUCAUACAUGGGAUGGCAGCAGGACGAAGGACAAUUGGAUAGUACAGAACUGUUUGAGGUAAAAGUGGGGUUCCUUGGCCUGAGUGACGGGAAGCGUGAUCCUGAGAUAGUCCGUGUGCAGCUGACAGACGACAGUCUGGUACUACAGAGAGAGGAGACAGUCUACGGGAACUCACUGGCCGCUAUAAGCUCACAGGUCAACAACUUUGAUAUUGACAGCAACAGAGAAAGAUCAGUUAUUCUGAGAAGACAAAAAUCUGGAGGUCUGGGGUUGAGUAUCAUGGGCGGUGCUGAACACAACAUCCCAGUCCUGAUAUCAAGUAUAGUCAAGGACCAAGCUGCUGACCAGACUGGCCAACUUUUCGUUGGUGACGCAAUAAUCAAGGUUAAUGGUGUCAACGUAGAGCAUUCGACGCAUGAUGAUGUGGUACAACAUCUGAAGAACUCCCCUGAUGAUGUAAAGUUAACUGUUAGAUACUACAGAGCAGCAACCCCCUACCUAAGAGCUCCAGCCAAGUGGUCGCGGUACUCGUCUGAACAGUGUAACGGGAACGCUUCUCCUGCCGAUAACGAAACAACCAGCAGCUCGGAAUGGAAGGCUGAGGUGACUGAUUAUGAAGAUAUGAGCUGUGAGAUGGUCACAGAAAUCAUGACCUUAGGCUAUUCAGAAGGAGUCCAGAAAAUGGCAGGAAAGAUCUUAGACUCAUCAGUAGAGCUAGAGGAAGAGAGUGAAUCAGAUGAAGACAUGGAAUUUGGGCUGUUUGAUCAAGAAGGUUGGAUGGCAGCAGAUGAGGAGAAAGAGAUUCUUGCUAAGCCUGAGAUGGAGAAAAAGAAGGUUGCUCUCCUAGAGAAAUGCAGUCGGUUAGCAUCACCUGUAAUGUCAAGGUCAGCUGUGGCAACCUCUACAGCAUACAGCCCAACAUCACCCACAAAGUUAGUCGCGUAUUCAGUAUAUUCCAAACCUUCACCACAAAAAAUGGCACUAAAGAGGGCUGAGAAAGAACUGGAGGCACCGAGACCUGAAACUGAUGAAGUGACUGUUGACGUGACUCUCAAAGCGUCCUUAGACGGAAUACAGGCACGUGGCGAUCGUCUCGAGGAUCUAAUCGAGAAAUCGGAUACUCUUAGCGCAGAAGCUCCAGUAUUCUUUCAAGCUUCAACAGCCAUUUCUGAAGAACUCUUUGCUGCUACAGCAGAACCAACGGUGCACGAAGCUACAUUGGUUGAAUCCAAGCCAGCCGUCCUCCGAAAAUCUGGAAGAGCCCCACCCAAGGGAGCUCGUUUUGUCAGAGAGGUUGAACCAGAGCCAGUUUCUGAAGAAGUUGCACAGUCUGCACCCUCAGCCGCAAGUCGGUCAGCCCCUGCUUUUGGUUUCAUACCUCCAGGCGCAAGCUUCGGUAAGAAAUCUGCUGGGCUUGUUGGAGGUCCUCCUGGAACUACAGCUGAAGAGACUAAGACAAAAGAGGUUGCAUUUGGUCAAGGGUUUGGUUCGGAUGCUGUCAGUCAAGGUGCAGGUUUUGGUGCAACCCCAUUUGGCGCACCCCCAUUGGAUGCAACCCCAUUUGGUGCACCCCCAUUUGGUGCACCCCAAUUUGGCGCACCCCAAUUUGGUGCAGCUAAAACUAAGACACAAGAGGCUCAAAGGUUUGGUUCAGAUGCUGUCAGUCAAGGUGCAGGCUUUGGUGCAACCCCAUUUGGUGCACCCCCAUUGGGUGCAACCCCAUUUGGUGCACCCCUGUUUGGUGCAACCCCAUUUGGCGCACCCCAAUUUGGUGCAGCUAAAAUUAAGACACAAGAAGCUGCAUUUGGUCAAGGGUUCAGUUCAAAUGCUGUCAGUCGAGGUGCAGAUGUUAGUACAACCCCAUUUGGUGCAACAUCAUUUGGUGCAACCCCAUCGAUUGCAACCCCAUUUGGUGGAACCCCAUUUGCUUCAACCAUAAGCCUUUUUGGCCACAGCACUACAGCAGCAAAGGAGCCAGAGGCUGCAUUGUUUGGUUUCGCUUCCUCUGCCACCCCAAGUGGAGGAGGUGGAUUCAGUUUUGGUUCCACGUCAUCAGACAUACCACUGAAAGAUGAAGAUAAGAGUUCAGUCCCAAUUGAUUCGUCAAAAGGAUUGAAGUUUGGGGCCCCUCUUGAAGAGAAAGGAGGAACAACAGGCUUUAGGUUUGGUGGAUCCAGUCAGGCAAAAAUGAUUCCACAGCAAGGUGGCUUCAUCUCUCACCCACAGAUGCAACAACAACAACAGGCUCAGAGCAAUGUCCCUGAUAGAGCUAGAAUUCCAGGGAGGAAGGCACAAUCAGCAAGGAAGACAACAGGUGGCAAGGCUUUGAGACCAGCUGCAGAUAAGGUUGCAUCAGACGGGGUAAAAGCUGACAGUUCCCCCGACACUGUCGUCUUUAUGGAUGAGAGUGAUAAAGCAAAAGAGACCAAGACCCCAACAUCUGCAAAAUCUCCUCUGAAAAUGAUUCCAGCUACAUGUUGUAUGGUUUGCUAUGAUAUGCCACCCCUCUACCAACAAGGAUCCCCUCCUCCACCUGCCCCCUCCCGAGGACCCCCUCCUCUGCCACCCACCUCCCAACAAGAACCCCCUCCUCCUCCACCCCCCUGCCCAGCAGGACCCCCUCUUCCAGCUGGUGCCCCUCCCCCACCCCCUCCUCAGUUCCGUAAAUCGUUAUUAUUAGCUCUGAGUCAAGAAAAACUAAAAGGAAAGUCAGGCCAAAGCCCAACAGAGAUGAUACAACCCCCUCCCUCACGCGCUCCCCCACCCUCCAUGGGGGGGAGACCCCCUCCCCCACCCUCUAUGGGGAGGAGACCCCCUCCUCCUAUGAUGACAAGGGCUCCCCCACCCAACAUGGCAAGGUUGAGAGUGGAUGCUGAUGCACUGUACGUGUAUGGUCUGGGUGAAACAACCAAGAGAAUGGGAGCACGAAUUGGAGCACGAAUUGGAGCACGUUCUCUCAAAAAAGCAGCAGAGCUACCAAAAGGAGAAGAAGAAGAACCGAUGGAAGUUGAAGAAAGUCCUGCAAUCUGCGGUGAACAGGUGGAAGAAGAAUCAAUGGAUUUGAAGUUAAGAAAACUCAAGAAGAAGAAGGUCUUGGAACUCCGGGCCGAGUUUGAGAAGAAGUACGAAUCUUUGCCUGUGGAUGAAAGAGAGGAAAGGGAUGGUAGGAGCAGUUUGCUAAACCAGAUCAUGAGGGGUACAAGUCUGAGAAGAGGUCCAGGUGCAUAUCAUUCUGCCAGCUUUCAUCCAACUUCAGACUCUGCAGGUUACUUCAGUGGGACAGAAACUGUUGUAGUACCCAUUGUGACUACAAGGGGGAGUGGCCUUACAGAGAAGACUGUUGACCAGCUCUUUGCCUUGCUGAAGCAUACUGACCAGGGUUCUUACUGGGAGUUCAGUCCAGAGCUGGACCAGCUGCUGGGUAUUUCCAGUUCAACGUGUGUCCAGAUAUUCAACACUGCAGGCCUCAGGUCUCUCGGUGCAAAGGUAGCCAAGCAGCUGUUGCAGCUGGUGGCCACCUUGCUGGUGCUGCAGCUGUUGAUGCUGCACCUGCCGCAGCUGUUUCCCAGCUGCAGUAGCCUGCUGCACCUGGAUGUGAUGCAGGUGGCUGCAGAAUGGCGCAGCGCAGUGCAACAGGUGCUGGCAUGGGCCAAGGGUGUUGACACCAUGCACCCAUCAGUGUACUCCAGGUUAGAGCUGGGGAAGAGUUGGGAUGACCUGACCAAGAAGCUGAUUGGUGUUGGUGUCUCUCUUGUACAUGAAUGAAAAUUCAAAAACAAUUUGUACUUUUUAUUAUUAUCAUUAAUAGUAUGUAUUAUUGUUAUUGGUUAGUUACUGUUCCUUUAUUAUCAUUGCCAUUAUCAUUAUUUAUUGUUUUUUACUGUUAGUAUGUGACUGUUGUGUUUCGUUGUGUAAAACAGGGCCCCAUUGAAAAUAAGUGUAAUCACUUAAUGGGCCACCCUGUAUAAAAAUGACAGAAAAUAAGAAAUAAAAUAAAUGAAAAUAAAUAAAAUCAUUAUAACUUUGUUGCAAAUCUGUGACCGAAGGGCUAAUUUUUUCUGUCAAAGCAAAGUUCAAUGUUUUACAAAGUUUAACGUGACUAAUAUGUUUAAUACAUGGGACAGUCCUUUACAGUAAAUUACAUUGUAUGUAUUGUUUUUAAAUCUUAUUUCAUACUAGGGGCCGACUAUUCAUUACAAUGAAUAAUUUCUGAUCUUAUUUGUUUUUAAAUCAUAAUUUUUAUGUGAAUACUGAUCAGAUGUAAAGUG